GGCGCUUGCCUCGCGCUGCCGCCAGGCUCCUUCGUCAUGCGUUCCUGCCGAUUUCCUCCGCUGGCCCUGUCCCCGGCUGCCCCCGACGUCGGUGGCACUUGCCCUGCCAGGCAACCGACUUCCUUCGUCUGCCCUGUUCCCGAAGGGCCCCCGUCGUCUCCUGCCUACUUAUUUGGGGCAAGGUGUCAUUCACUGAAGGCAUUAUCGAAAGCUAUCGAUAUGACGAUGACGUCGAAGUGCAGCUUCACCUGCCAAAUCUCGUGGAGUAGCAACACUGCCAGCCGUCACUGAUCGCCGUUCUCGAACACACUGACGCCACCGCUGUAGCUAAUGUUGAUGUCGCUGAGCUCUCCAUUGCCCCUUCAAUAUCUCGCUGAGCAAAGAUAGAACCCGCUUCCCAGGCUCGUAUUCCUCGCAAACGCUGGCCACCACACUGCAAGUACUCAGUCAGGCUGUGCUCCAACAUCGCCUUCCACAUCUCGUUCGGCAGCGAUAAAGCCUGCUGCUGCUGACUGCCCUUGAAUACACGCGUUGGAUAACGUCAUGAGCUACAGCUCAUGACGCAAAAACUCAACCUCCCCUCCCACAUCCCGCUGGGCAGCGACACAGCGUGCUGCCCUUGCGCGUCCUUCCCGCUCGCACUUACACUGGCCUUACAGCUGUUGGCACUGGGCACCAAGAUCGCCUAUCACAUCUCGCUGACCGUCGACGCGUCUCACUGCCACCGCCCGCCUUUGGCGCAAGCCGAUGCCAACGACGAUGUAGCUGAUAACGUCACUUCGCAUACCGCGUUGAACAAUGACGUAGCACAUUGCAACUGCCCACCUUUCUCGCACGCGCUGAUCCCAGCAUCGCAGCCAAUAAUGUCGGGUUCCAGCUUCGCCUCCCGCAUCUCGCUGAGCAGCGCCAAAGCCCGUUGCCACUGCUCGCCCUUCUCGCACGCACUGAUCCCGGCGUUGUAGCUCUGAUGACGUCCGGCUUCAACUUCGCCUCCAACAUCUCGCUGAGUAGCGAUAGAGCCUGCUGCCACUGCUCACCUUUCUCGCAAGCGCUGAUUCCGCAUUGAAGCUGAUGACGUUGGGCUCCAGCUUCGCCUCCCCAAUCUCCCUUAGCAGCGCCAGGGCCCGCUGCCACUGCUCGCCCUUCUCGCACGCGCUGAUCCCAGCGCUGUAGCUAGAUGAUAUCGCGCUCCAACGUCGCUUGCCACAUCUCGCCGAGCAGCACCAGAGCCCACUGCCACUGCCCGUCCUUCGCGCAGGCGCUGAUCCCAGCGUUGUAGCUGACGUCGUUGGGCCUCAAUGUUGCCUCCCGCAUCUCUCUCAGCAGCGCCAGAGCCUGCUGCCACUGCUCACCGUUCGCGCACGCGCUAAUCAUAGUGCUUAAGCUCACAACGUCAGGCUUCAAUGUCACUUCCCACAUCUCGCUGAACAGCCCUAAAGCGUGCUGCCACUGUUUACAUUUCCCGCACGCGCUGAUUGCAGCCGUUGUAGCUGAAGACGUCUGGCUCCCACGUCGCCUCCAUGGCCUCGCUUAGCAGCGCCAGAGCCCGCUGCCACUGCUCGCCUUUAUCGCAUGCGCUGAUCGCAGCACUGUAGCUCACGACGCUGGGCUCCAUCCUCGCCUCCCCCAUCUCGCUGAGCAGCGCUAGAGCCCGCUGCCACUGGCCGCCUUUCUCGCACGCACUGAUCCCCCCGUUGUAGCUAAAGACGUUGGCCUUCACCUUUGCCUCCCACAUCUUGCUUAGCAGACCUACAGCCCGCUGCCACUGCUCACAUUUUCCACACGCGCUGAUUGCAGCGCUGUAGCUGAAGACGUCGGGCUCAAUAUAAUUCUCCGACGCCUCGCUGAGCAGCCCUAAAGCCCGCUGCCACUGCUCACCUCUCUCGCACGCGCUGAUCGCAGCAUUGUAGCUACUGGCAUCGGGCUCCAACUUCGUUUCAAUAAUUUCGCUGAGGAGCGACAGUGCCCAUUGCCACUGACUGCUUUUCCCGCAUGUGCUGACAGUCGCAGUGUAAUGGACUCUGCUGAUUUCCGUCUUUAGUUGGAACGCAUCGCGGAGCAGAUGUAACGCGGUGUUCCACUGUCGUGCCUUCCCGCAUUUCUUUAUAGACUCCUCGAGGGACGAGGCGCCUGGUCGAGAUCCUCUGUGGAUGUCCAGCAUGGGGAUCUGGAGCCCCAUCGCCCGAGGACGUGGAUCGAGC